CGCGUCCGCCCGGCCCGGAGCCGCGACAGGUGCGGAGCCGCGACCCCAGGACCGCGCUGCGCCCGCGGCAGCCGCCCGUCGCGUCCCCCCGGCCGGGCCCGGACCGCCGGCCGCCGUCGGGGCGUCGCGGCCCCCGCCCCGCCGCGGAGCGGAUGCGCGCGGGGCAGCGCCCGGCCCGGUCCCGCCCGCCAUGGCCGCGCGCCCCGGCCCGCUCUGGCUGCUGGGCCUGGCGCUGUGCGCGCUGAGCGGCGGCGGCCCCGGCCCGCGCCCCCCGCCCGGGUGUCCGCCCCGGCGCCUGGGCGCGCGCGAGCGCCGCGACAUGCAGCGCGAGAUCCUGGCGGUGCUCGGGCUGCCCGGGCGGCCCCGGCCCCGCGCGCCCCCCGCCGCCGCCCGGCUGCCCGCGUCCGCGCCGCUCUUCAUGCUGGACCUGUACCACGCCAUGGCCGGCGGCGACGGCGAGGACGGCGGCCCCCUCGAGCGCCGCCUGGGCCGCGCCGACCUGGUCAUGAGCUUCGUCAACAUGGUGGAGCGUGACCGCACGCUGGGCCACCAGGCGCCCCACUGGAAGGAGUUCCUCUUCGACCUGACCCAGAUCCCGGCGGGAGAGGCUGUCACAGCCGCUGAGUUCCGGAUUUACAAGCUGCCCAGCACCCACCCACUCAAUGGGACCCUCCAUGUCAGCGUGUUCGAGGUGGUCAGGGAGCAGAUCAACAGGGAGUCUGACUUGUUCUUUUUGGAUCUUCAGACGCUCCACGCUGGGGACGAGGGCUGGCUGGUGCUGGAUGUGACAGUAGCCAGCGACCGCUGGUUGCUGAACCGUAACCAGGACCUGGGACUCCGCCUCUAUGUGGAAACGGAGGAUGGGCUCAGCGUGGAUCCUGGCCUGGCCGGUCUGCAGGGGCGACGGGCCCCGCGCUCCAAACAGCCUUUCAUGGUCACUUUUUUCAGGGCGAGCCCCGGUCCCGGGCGGGCCCCUCGGGCUGUGAGGCCCCUGAAGAGGAGGCUGCCGAAAAAAACCAACGAGCUGCCGCACCCCAACAAACUCCCAGGGAUCUUGGAUGAGGCGCCCGGCUCCGACGGGCGGCAGGUGUGCCGGCGCCACGAGCUCUACGUCAGCUUCCAGGACCUCGGCUGGCUGGACUGGGUCAUCGCCCCCCAGGGCUACUCGGCCUACUACUGUGAGGGGGAGUGCUCCUUCCCGCUGGACUCCUGCAUGAACGCCACCAACCACGCCAUCCUGCAGUCCCUGGUGCACCUGAUGAAGCCGGACGCGGUGCCCAAAGCGUGCUGCGCGCCCACCAAGCUGAGCGCCACUUCCGUGCUCUACUACGACAGCAGCAACAACGUCAUCCUGCGCAAGCACCGCAACAUGGUGGUCAAGGCCUGCGGCUGCCACUGAGACCCGCCCACCUGCCCUGCCCGCCUGUCCCCAGGGCCCUCUCAGAUCAGGGGCCCUCCGACGCUGUCAGGUUUCGUGCAGGGGCAGCAGGGACAUCAUCACACUCCUCCCUACGUCCCCUCAAGCACUCUGCUCUUACCCCGGGGCUUGUGGGAGACGGACCCCCUCGCUGGCCUGAUGCCCAAGCAUAGUUGCCCGGGUGUGCGGGCUGUGCCAUCUCUGGCCAGCACACAAGUCCAUCCCGAGGACCUGUCUGUGUUCUCCCUGCCCCAGGCUGCAAUCGAAGUGUGACGGCAGAGGGCACCUGAGGUGAUGUUGGCCAAUCAGGCUUUGCCACACCCCAGGUUUGGGUGUGGGAGAGCGGCCUCCCAGGCACACACUGGGCAUUUCCAGGCGUGGCUAGACAUGCUCUGGUCCCGUAGGCUAUCAUUGGGCUCCUGACCUGCCCCUCAGGCGGUUAGCUGAGGGUUAGUUCUAUUAGAAAAAGAACAGGUCAGAUGGGCCUCAAGCUUAAGGGCUGCCCUUUGCCUGCCUGGGGAAGGACUGUGAUCCCCAGAGGAGCAAAGAACCUCAGGGUGUUCCAUUUUCUAGUUUCCUCUGCUGUCUCCAUGGGGCUUUCAGCCUUGAGACACAGGGCUGCAGGGGGUGGUCCAGGGGGCAGAUGGGCAGCACAGAUGCCAUCUCUGGGCAUCCCUUGCCCAGGGUGAAAAUCAGUAAUCAACCUGGAUACUUUGUUGCCAUGGGCUGUGCAUAAGGUCUCAAAACCCUCAGCAGGGACUUCAUUCAGACCAUAAUGAACUCAGCUUUUCCCUCCUGCCAUGGUAAGGAGCCACCAUCCCACCUGGAGCAUGGCGCCUGGGCCACCUCUAACCAGGCAUGGCGCUAGGGUGGCACUGUCGGGUCUGCUAGAGACUAGGAAUGAAGAGCAGACUGGUCACCGAGGUCUUUGUCCCUUAUGCCCAGGAACCCUGUCCUGUUUCCCUUAGGACAUGUGAGCCACAGAAAAGGCCCCUGUCUCAGGGGGAAUUAGGUUUAGCUGGGUGGAGAGGUUCCCAGAAACCACCGUUCCUGGAGCCAUCGGCAGUUGGAGUGUUUAUUUGAUUUCUGACUUGCUAAGCCCAUAAUUUACCUGCUGGAGCAGACAGAGUCCAGCUGCCCAAACCCUGAAAUACCGCGUCACUAAAAGCAGAUCCUGGGUCCGCCCCAACCCACAGGCACAGCCCAGGACAACCUCGGCCCGACGAUGCUCAACUCUGGAUUCCUGCUGAACAGCCCCAGGAGGGGCUCGGGAGGGCAGGCUGGCAGCAGGGCUGGGCUGGGGCACUGUCGUGGGACAGCAGCCCCCCACCCCACCUGGAGUUGGGAGGGACCCUGGAACAGAGGAAGAGCAAGAAUGUGCUCUGUCUUGGGGUGAGGGCUGGGCGGCAACCCCGGCCUGCGGAAGGAGUCCUGGCUGCAGUGGCUGAGGACAGGGCAGCGACACUCCCCUCCUCACCACACGGCCCCCAUCCUGCUGGAGAGUGCUGGGCAACAUUUCCGAAUAUAAACAACACCAGCGCCAGUAUCCUCAGUAAUGCCAGUCUCGUGUCUUGUUACCACGUUUGUCUUUACACGUAAUAGAUACUUGACGAAGUUAGGAUCCUGCUCUAUGCACUGCCUGGUGAUCUGUUUAUGGUCUAU